CCCUGCCUCCUUCUUCUUCUUCUUGGAAAAAAAAAACUAUAAAAUGGCAGAAACUGUUGUCUCUUUUGUUUCAAAUCAUCUCGCAACCUUGCUCCGAGAGGAGGGAAGCCUAUUGGGGGGGCUUCGACAAGAGGUCCAACUCAUCAAGGAUGAGUUGGGGCAUAUGAAAGCUUUCCUCAAAGUGGUUGAAGCAAAAGAAGAUGAUGAUCCCAGGCUCCAAGAAUGGAUCAAGCAAGUGCGCGAAGCUGCUUAUGACAUUGAAGAUGUUCUCGAUGAAUUUGUACUUCGGUUUGCUGGCUACCGACAUCAUGGAUUUUGUGGCUCUCUUCAGAGAAUUCUCAAAGCCAUUAAGAGCUUGCGAGCUCGUCAUCAGGUUGCCAGUGACAUUCAAAGCAUAAAGUCCUGACAGGUUGUCGAAACCUGUGCAAUAAUAAAU